GUUGAAAACCAAACCGUCGACUUGAACAAGAGUUGAGUGUUUUAGGUUUCUUAAGUCUCUCAGUCCAUCACCGCCGCAGAGAGAAAAUGUCCGGUGUCGCCAACCAGGAGGAGGACAAGAAGCCCGCCGACCAGGCCGCUCACAUCAACCUCAAAGUCAAGAGCCAGGAUGGGAAUGAGGUGUUCUUCCGGAUCAAGCGGAACACUCAAUUGAAGAAGCUUAUGAAUGCUUACUGUGAUCGUCAGUCAGUUGACUUCAAUGCUAUUGCUUUCUUGUUUGAUGGCCGUCGUCUGAGGGCUGAGCAGACUCCAGAUGAGUUGGAGAUGGAAGAUGGGGAUGAAAUUGAUGCAAUGCUGCACCAAACUGGAGGUUCUCCUGUUUAGUUCGAUGCCUUCAUGAGGUUUCCGUUAGUUUAGUACAUAUAGACUUUGAGUACCUGGAAUCCUAGUUUUAUUAUUAUUAUCUAUUGUGUUGCUACUCAUGUUUGAACUUAUUACUAGUUGUUGAUUGUCAAGAUUUGGCAAUUGUUUGUGUAUUGAACAUGCUUGAUCUGGUUUGAGAGUAAGUGAACUGUAUUUUCUCGGUGA